AUGGGUCUCUGUUUCUCUUCUCCUAAAGCCACAAGACAUGGCAGCGCCAGUGGCCGGAAAACUAAUCCGACGCCGGAGAUACCUAAACCGCAACCACAAGGGAAGACAAAAGAGAAAGUUAGUAAUAAAAACAAGAAAAAGACAACAAAGAACAACAAGAUCCAAUGGAGACACCAAGGAGGGAUCCCUUACGGUAAGCGCAUCGAUUUUGGAUACGCUAAGGAUUUCGAUAAUCAAUACAUCAUCGGAAAAUUGCUCGGACACGGCCAGUUUGGCUUCACAUACGUCGCCACCGAUAACAGAAAUGACGAUCGCGUCGCGGUCAAGAGAAUCGAUAAGGCCAAGAUGACUCUACCGAUUGAGGUCGAAGAUGUGAAGCGAGAGGUUAAGAUACUACAAGCAUUAGGUGGGCAUGAGAAUGUAGUUGGCUUUCACAAUGUAUUUGAAGACAAAAACUAUGUUUAUAUAGUCAUGGAGUUAUGUGAAGGUGGUGAAUUGCUAGAUCGAAUAUUAGCUAAGAAAGAUAGUCGUUACACAGAGAAAGACGCGGCGGUUGUGGUGAGGCAGAUGCUGAAAGUUGCAGCUGAGUGUCAUUUACGCGGUCUAGUACACCGCGAUAUGAAGCCAGAGAAUUUCCUAUUCAAAUCAACCGAAGAAGAUUCGUCUCUAAAAGCUACAGAUUUCGGAUUAUCCGACUUCAUAAAGCCAGGAGUGAAAUUUCAAGAUAUAGUAGGAAGCGCGUAUUACGUUGCACCAGAAGUGUUGAAACGUAAGUCAGGACCUGAAUCAGACGUAUGGAGUAUCGGAGUCAUCACUUACAUUCUUCUCUGCGGAAGAAGACCCUUUUGGGAUAAGACACAAGAUGGAAUAUUCAAUGAGGUCAUGAGAAAAAAACCAGACUUUAGAACAACCCCUUGGCCAACCAUUAGCAACGGUGCCAAAGAUUUCGUCAAGAAGUUGUUAGUGAAAGAGCCGCGAGCACGGUUAACAGCAGCGCAAGCGCUAUCACAUCCAUGGGUGAGAGAAGGAGGCGAGGCCUCGGAGAUUCCAAUAGACAUAUCUGUUCUUAACAAUAUGCGUCAGUUUGUGAAAUUCAGUCGCCUUAAGCAGAUUGCUCUGAAGGCUCUUGCAACAACUAUUGAUGAGGAUGAGUUGGAUGAUCUUAGAGACCAGUUUGAUGCGAUUGACAUUGACAAGAAUGGUGCUAUUAGCCUUGAGGAGAUGAGACAGGCUCUUGCUAAAGAUCUUCCUUGGAAACUAAAGGAUGCAAGAGUUGCAGAGAUUCUUCAAGCGAUCGAUAGCAACACUGAUGGUUUGGUGGAUUUCACUGAGUUUGUGGUUGCUACUUUACACGUAAACCAAUUAGAGGAGCAUGACUCUGAGAAGUGGCAACAGAGAUCAAGAGCAGCGUUUGAGAAGUUCGACAUAGACAGAGACGGGUUUAUAACUCCCGAAGAGCUUCGAUUGCAAACUGGUUUAAAAGGUUCCAUUGAACCACUUCUUGAAGAAGCUGACGUCGAUCAAGAUGGAAGAAUCAGUAUCCACGAGUUUCGAAGACUCUUGAGAUCUGCAAGCCUCAAGUCAAGAAAUGUUAAAAGCCCUCCUGGUUACCAACUUUCUCAAAAGAUGUAA